AUGUGACACUUUUCUUCAUAAAUAGCGAGCAGGAAACCCGUCAGAGAGCUGAACCUGAACACAGCACAGAUGAGUCCGACUGAUCGAGGCAUGAUGCUGGGCGGCCUGCUGCUCGUCUCCAUGUGUGUCAGAGCAGCCGGCAUGUUGGACAGCCGGCUGGACAUCCACUGGGAGCUGUGGAAGAAGACGCAUGAGAAGAAGUACCAGAAUGAGGUGGAGGAUUUGCGCCGCAGGGAAUUGUGGGAGAAGAACCUACAGCUCAUUACCAUGCACAACCUGGAGGCCUCGAUGGGGCUUCACACCUAUGACCUGAGCAUGAACCACAUGGGAGACUUGACUCCAGAGGAGAUGGUGCAGUUUUACACGGCGCUCAGUCCUCCCACUGACAUCCAGAGGGCACCAUCUGCCUUCACAGGGACGUCCGGCGCCGAUGUUCCCGACACCAUGGACUGGAGAGAGAAGGGCUGCGUCACCAGCGUCAAGAUGCAGGGCGCCUGCGGCUCCUGCUGGGCCUUCAGCGCUGCGGGGGCCCUGGAGGGCCAGUUAGCCAAGACAACAGGGAAGCUGGUGGACCUCAGCCCGCAGAACCUGGUGGACUGUUCCAGCAAAUACGGCAACCACGGCUGCAACGGCGGCUUCAUGCACAGAGCGUUCCAGUACGUCAUCGACAACCAGGGCAUCGACUCGGAAGCUUCGUACCCGUACACGGGCAAACAGUCCCAGCUGUGCCGCUACAACCCCGCGUACCGCGCCGCCAACUGCUCCACAUACAGCUUCCUGCCUUACGGAGACGAGGGGACUCUGAAGGAGGCACUCGCCACCAUCGGACCCAUCUCUGUAGCCAUUGAUGCCACGCGGCCCACAUUUCCUUUCUACAGGAGCGGAGUGUUCGAUGAUCCGGGCUGCACACAGAAUGUGAACCACGGGGUGUUAGCUGUGGGCUACGGCACGCUGAACGGACAAGACUACUGGCUGGUGAAGAACAGUUGGGGAGUUAAAUUCGGAGACCAGGGCUACGUCCGGAUGGCUCGUAACAAGAACGACCAGUGUGGCAUCGCUCUGUACGGGUGCUACCCCAUCAUGUAGCUGCAACUGCAACCAAUCGUUUAAUUUCUCUUUUUUCAUGUAUACAGGGGUUUUUUUUUACAGUUUAAUGUCACAUUGAUCGUAACAUUUUAAUAUUUCUACAUUUUUAAAAUUCUUUUUAAUGCAUGUUUUGAUGCUGAAAGUCAAAAGCUGCUGGACUUUUUCGUACUACAUGAACAGCAUUGAAGUAGAAUCUGUGUUUGACUGUUUGUCUAUAUUUCUAUAUUUGUGUGUAAUAAAGAGACAGAUGUGUGAUCUCGGCCUGAUGUGCAUCAGACACGAUGAAGGUGAAGCUGAGAUUUUUUUGAAAUCGCGGUUUGUCUGUUAAAUCCGCCAUGAAAACCGACUGAAAGGAUUCAUCGACUCCUUUGGAAAUUGGCUUGUUGGUCAAUUUAGCUUUUACAUGUUGCAACAGAGGGAACGCCAAAAUCAAUACGCGUGUCUCUGGUUAAUAUCUCCGUCCUGUGCACAUGCUGAUGUGAUGGCAUGUCACACACUCGAUCCCUGCAGGGCAGUGACAUCAUCUCAAGUGAGAAGCCUUUUGGUGUGUUUUAAUUAAAGUCUUUUAUGAAAACAAAAAAAA